AGCAAUUGCUUUAGAAAACGGCAGCUCUAAUGUUAACUAAUAAUGUUAAUGAAUUGAUUUUUUUAUUGUGAAAUUUUAUUUCAAUAUUUAUAAAUAUAAAUAAAUGAAUCUAAAUAAUGCUUUCCACAUCUUGUCAAACAAAUAUACCCUAUUCAAACAAGCUUUAUUUACAACAACUGACCAAUGAGCGGCACAAUGUACUAGCAAAAACGAUAAAACCCAACAUAAACACAUAAAGGAUGUAAAACAGGAGAAAAAAACACCACAAGUAGCGGGCUAAAGAGAAAAGAUAAUGAUCACACAUACACAUCUUACACGUGCACUAUUUUAUCACAUCACGUGCACUGAAUUCAGUUACAUCAUAGCAGGUUUUAUAUAAGUAUAUCUCAAAACAGGUCCUUGGCAAGUGUAACAGCAUUGUUGUUGUAAGAAAACAAUCUUCACAAAACGCUUAAAAAGCGGAAAACAUACCCACACACCACCUACAGACUCCAAAUGUCAAAAACCCUAAAUAAUGACACACCAUCCUGGCAUUCACAAAACUACACCUCACAGCCAUUAACUAGCCUUCGUCAGCUUCGAUAGAGCCUCUGAGAGUUUAUGCUUGAAACACCCAGCUUUCGAUUCUCUCCUUCGUAUCACUCUGCUGUUUGAAGACACAAAAAAACGGGUUCUACGGUGCUUAUUGCGACAGUUUGUCACCAAGUGCUAAUGAAAGGGCUGCAUUUCAAAGGUUUCGACAGGCAGCGAGCAGUCUUGUGCGUUGCUGUGGGUUUGUGGGGGUCUCUUUCUUGGUGUCCGGCACGGUGCUGCACGGAUGUGGUUAGAUUCAGUUUAAACAGGAAACACAAAGCUUCAUUCCGCUCUCAUUAGUCCUUCACUCGACUUCAAGCGCGAGAUGAAGUGAAAGGCCCAAUCUCACAAAAGGCAUGAUUGAAGUCCAAAGCCAGCAAGGAGUUGUCCUUGCCAUUAUUUCCGUGCUCUCCCUUGGUUGUAUUUAUGCUCUCUGUCUGUGCUGCGGAAAGAAAUCAAGUAUGCAACAAGAGGACAACGACCUGUAUGACCAAGAUGAUUUCAGUCAGGACAGUGAAUAUGCUGAAAGCAGAAAACAUAAACCAGCGCUAAGACCGAACCAAUCAAAGAUGCCUUCAACCUCAAGACUGUCAUCGACAAACAGGCCGAAUAGCGAGACCCAGUGGAGUUAUCAAAACCUCCCAGAUGUAGAAAAGGGCAUCUUGGAACCAACAUAUGUAGACCCAAUUCCAAAUUCACUUUAUGCAAACGAGGAUGACACAGACACAGGAACAUACGAGAAUGUUUUUCCAACAUCAGAAGUGCGGCAUGACUCAGAUAGCUGUAAUUAUGAAAACUGGGACAAUAGAUAUGAGGAUGAUGAACCAGACUACGUGAAUGACGUCAGAAAGUGAAUAGGAACCUUUUUUUUUUUUUUUUUCCAAACAGGAAACAAAAUUAUGUUGUUUGUUCUAAUUUUGAACUUGCUUUUUCUCAAAAACAAAACAAUGAAACAUACCGAGACAUUUUGCCUGGAAACAAGACCAAAAAAAACAAAAAAAAAAAACAAACAAACAAAAAAAAAAAAAAACCGAAGAAAAGCAUUUUUACGGUGUUGAAAUUACUGUUAUUAAAUCAAAUGUUAAAAAGUCUACUGCUUGACUUUUGAAGUGUUCAGUUGAGUGGAAAUGUGCAGUCAGCUCUUCUGAUCAAUAAACAAUUAAUUAACUGUCAA